UCUAAUUUGUGCGAACUUGUGCCAGAAUUUUGUAUGGAAGAAGAUAUGCCCGGUAUGAAUAGAACUCCACCUGAAGGAUUUAGGGCGGUAGCCUAUCAACGCUUCUUUUCGACUCGAGACCUGAAUUCAACAAUUCUAAAUAUGCUGAAGACACCGCUAAAAGACUUUUUCAAAUGUAAAAUUGUCAGCGGCAGCAGUGAAAGAGAUUGCGACCUUGACAACGCCAUUGCCGGCCCUUAUUACAGCGAUGGGAACAUACCAAGUUUCUGCUUCAGUAUGUACACUCUGUGGUCUCAACCGAACAUGAAAUUUUCGAAAAUAAAAAAAUCAGAAAAAAUUGUAAUGGAGUUCUAUAUCGAUGAAUCAUUUAGGGACAGAGAUGCCUACAUCGAUCAAAUCCAACUUCCUGCCUAUAAUACUUUAUCCUCUUCGUCCGUUCAGAUAGCGAUGCACUCACCGUACAUUGCUGCGAGUCCGUACGUAUCCGGAGCUGGUCUCCUUGGUGGAAAAGACUAUAGAAUACAAGUGAAAGAAGAUGAGAAGCAUUUAUUGCCUCCUCCGUAUCAAACCAACUGCACGGAUUACAUGCCGCUGUGGAAAGCAAGAGGUGGCAUAGGACCACUCAAUCAAAUAAUGGUAAUUCAAGAAUGCAAACUCAAUGAAACUCUUAGGCAGUUGGGAUGUGUGCCUUUCUAUGUAGACUACCCGCAUAAUGCGACGAUUUGCCAUUUCUGUGACAAUUGUCCCAAUGUAACAAAAGUGGGAGAUAAUUGUACAAACCUUUUAGAAUACUACAACCAACCUUGUGAGUAA